ACUUCCUUUCCUGACGCAAAUGCCCGGCAAGGCUGUUGCACGCAUUUAAUUUGUAGCCACUUUACAGCCAAACUGGAUUUUAUAACCACCCAAAAGAGACAGACACAACACAGGAUAACUUUCACAAGGACGUAGAUUGACAUCUCCCUUCAGCCAUGUCCCGUUUCUUUGCCACCGGGUCUGACAGUGAGUCAGAGGAGUCUUCAUCUGCUGAUGAAAUCAUCUCUAAAGCACCCGGAGGAAAUUUCAAGCAGUCCUUGCUUAUCAGUGAUGAUGAGGAGGACACCAAGAGAAUUGUGCGCAGCGCCAAAGACAAAAGGUUUGAGGAGUUGACCAACCUCAUCAAAACGAUCCGAAAUGCUAUGAAGAUUCGUGACAUGUCCAAAUGUCUGGAGGAUUUUGAGCAGUUAUGUCGAGCCUUUCUCAAAAGCAAGACUAUAGUGGACAAAGAGGGGGUUCCCCCUUUUUAUAUCCGUCUUCUGGCCGACCUGGAGGACUAUGUGAAUCAGCUUUGGGAGGACAAAGAGGGCAAGAAGAAGAUGAACAAAAACAACGCAAAGGCCCUCAGUACGCUGCGUCAGAAGAUCCGCAAGUACAACAGAGACUACGAAACAGAAGUAGCUGCAUACAAGGAGAACCCACAGGAGUCCGCUGAUGAAGAGGAGGAGAAGGAGGCAGCAGAUUCUGAAGGCUCAUCUUCUGAUAGCGAGGAAGAGGGCGAGGAAGAGGUGAUGUCUGCCAAAGACUUCUUAAAGAAAAAACCUGAGGUGAUCCAAGAUGCCAGCGCGUUCCUCAAGAAGGGAUCCGGGGAUGAGUCCUCGUCUAGCAGUGAUGACGAAGAUGGGGAAGACUGGGGAUCAGACACUGUCGACAGUGGCAGUGAGAGCUCGGAUGAUGGGGAGGGAAAGCAUGCUUCCAUCGCUGCAGUCUUCCUCAAGAAGGAAGAUAAGCCCGGCGACAAGAAGCUCGGCAAGAAGAAGAAGAUCAAGAAGAAGGAGCGCAUAGAGGAGGAGGCUGAGGAGGAGGGAGGAGAAGCCUGGCAGGAAGUGAAGGGAGGCAUGGUCAUGGAAAAGCCCAAGAUGUUUGCCAAAGGCACGGAGAUCAACGUUCCUGUGGUGGUGAAGAAGCUGAAUGAGAUCCUGCAAGCAAGAGGCAAAAAGGGCACGGACAGGGCUGCCCAGAUCGAACUGCUCCAUGCUCUGGCAAACAUCGCUGCUGAGAAUAAUUUGGGCGAAGGUAUUACGGUCAAGAUUAAGUUCAACAUCAUUGCCUCCCUGUACGACUACAACCCCAACCUGGCUGCUUUCAUGAAGCCUGAUAUGUGGAAGAAGUGCUUGGAAUGUAUCGAUGAGCUGCUGGACAUCCUGUUUGAACACAACGACAUCUUCAUCGGAGAGAACAUCGCCGAGGACAGCGAGAGUCUGAUCAUCUCAGACCAGCCAUUCAGGGUGCGUGGGUGCAUCUUAACGCUGGUAGAGAGGAUGGAUGAAGAGUUCACCAAGAUCAUGCAGAACACUGAUCCCCAUUCACAAGAGUAUGUGGACAAUCUGAAGGACGAGGGUCACGUCUGUGGCAUCAUCGACCGACUGCUCAACUACAUGGAGAACAAGGGCAGCACGGAGGAGAUCUGCCGCAUCUACCUGCGCAGAAUCAUGCACACCUACUACAAGUUCGACUACAAGGCUCACCGCCGCGCCCUGGGCCUGCCGGUCGAGACCAAGUCGGAGCAGGACCAGGAGGAGAGCGAGGGCGAGGACAGCGCUGUGAUCAUGGACCGUCUCUGCAAGUUCAUCUACGCCAAGGAUCGCACCGACCGCAUCCGUACCUGCGCCAUCCUCUGCCACAUCUACCACCACGCGCUGCACUCCCGUUGGUACCAGGCCCGCGACCUGAUGCUGAUGAGCCACCUGCAGGACAACAUCCAGCACGCCGACCCCCCCGUACAGAUCCUGUACAACAGAACCAUGGUUCAGCUUGGCAUCUGCGCCUUUAGGCAGGGCAUGAUUAAAGAUGCCCACAAUGCCCUGCUGGACAUCCAGUCCUCUGGCCGCGCCAAGGAGCUGCUGGGUCAGGGUCUGCUGAUGAGGAACAUGCAGGAGAGGAACGCAGAGCAGGAGAAGAUCGAGAAGAGAAGACAAGUAAGUCCUGUGAUUGAGAUCAUGUGCCGUUUCCACAUGCACAUCAACCUGGAUGCUGCUGGGAGUUGUGUGUACCUGGUGUCCCGCAUGCUGCUGGAGAUACCCCUACAUGCCGCCAUGAGUCGAAAUGCCCGCCGCAGGAUGAUCAGCAAGCAGUUCCCAUCACCGCUGAGAGUGGGAGAGAAGACAGCCUCUUCUGGGACCCCCCGAGAGAUGAGGGAGGCAGAUGUGGUGGCCGCCAGUUAAGCCUGAAGAUGGAGACGGCGCACCUGCCACUCCUCAUUCAUCCACGAAGAGAUGAACAGCAAGGUUGGGACCUGCUUCCCCGAGACCGCAGCGACCUGAGUGCCGCGGAGAUGGCUCGUCAGGAAGAUCCAAGAAGAGUCCCUGAGGACUUAUCUGUUCACGUACAGCAGUGUGUACGACUCCAUCAGCAUGGGAACACUUUCUGAGAUGUUUGAGUUGGAGAUCCCAACAGUUCACAGCAUCAUCAGCAAGAUGAUCAUCAACGAGGAGCUGAUGGCGUCCCUGGACCAGCCCACUCAGACGGUGGUGAUGCACCGCACAGAGCCCACCUCCCUGCAGAACAUGGCCCUGCAGCUGGCUGAGAAACUGGGCAGCCUGGUGGAGAACAACGAGCGCGUCUUCGACCUCAAGCAGGGCAUCUAUGGAGGCUACUUCAACAGAGAUCAGAAAGGUGGCUACCAACAGAACAAAUCUUACAACAGAGAGGGGAGAGGAGGCGGUUACCAGCAGAAUAGGGGAGGCUACAAUCGCGGUGGUUACAGAAAUCAGAACUAUCAGAACCAUGGCAACCAGGGGAGCUAUCAGAACCAUGGCAACCAUGGGAGCUAUCAGAACCACGGCAACCAUGGGAGCUAUCAGAACCAGGGGAACCGUGGGAGCUAUCAGAACCAGGGGAACCGUGGGAGCUAUGGGAACCGUGGAAACCAUGAUAACCAUGAUAACCAUGAUAACCAUGGCAACCGUGGAAGUUAUGGGAACCAUGGAAGUUAUGGGAACCAUGGAAGUUAUCAAAACCACUCAAACUACUGAGCUGGAAACAUUUAGAUUUCAGUCUUGACCCCGAAUUAAUUUUCAUUCCAUAACAAUAAAUGCUUUCCUGAAAAAGCUGAAAGUUAACAUGGUACAAGUCUUUCCCACUGCUACUACAUAGUGUGGAUUUUCAGUACUUGGGAUAAAGGUGAAGAGUUUUGAAGGUUGUUAUUAUUGCUAAUAGAGAACUGCUUUAUACAGGCAUUGCAGUCAGGUGACAGACACGUCAAGUAUUGUUCACAUGUACUUAUGAAAUAAACAAUUACCAAA